CCAGCUGACUGUGACGCAGCUCUGCAGCAGUGGAAGUCGGUAAAUCACGUGACUUUUGAUCGCUUUUUCCGGGAUGUUAACAUAGCAGACACGCCCACCUAAUUACAGCCCACUGUUCUCAUGGUUCUGCUGUUGAAGAACCUCAGACUGCUGCUGUUGCUGCUGUUGCUGCGGAGUCGCACCGGGACCAGCUUUUAGUUGCAUCAUGUCGAAGAAGGCAGGAGGUCGCGAGGGGGAGAUGCUUGUGGAGGCGUCCAUCAUCCGCAUCCCGCCGCAUCACUACAUUCACGUCCUCGACCAGAACACCAACAUCGCACGCGUGGAGAUCGGACCGCUCACCUACAUCCGGCAGGACAAUGAGAGGGUUCUGUUUCUGCCCGUGCGGAUGAUCAUGGUUCCGCCACGUCACUACUGUGUCGUCCUCAACCCUGUCGCCCGCGACGAUGACAAGCAGGUUCUCUUCGACCAAUCAGGUCAGGCCAAACUUCGCCACGCCGACCUGGAGAUCCGUCUGACCCAGGAGCCGUUCCCCCUGUAUCCCGGAGAGGAGCUGCAGCAGAACGUGACAGCGCUGCAGAUCGUGUUUCCCGACACGGCGCUGCGUCUUCAGGCGCUGCUCGACUUCCAGCAGGAGGGCGGCGAGAAACACGUCGCUGGAGACGAGUGGCUGUUCGAAGGACCCGGGACCUACAUCCCCAGGAAGGAGGUGGCCGUCCUGGAGACCAUCAAGGCCACCGUGAUCCGAGAGAACCAGGCCAUCCGUCUGCGAGCUCGCAAGGAGGGCGUCGACCGGGGCGGAGUCCGCCGCGUCACAGGGGAGGAGUGGCUGGUCAGUAAGGUGGGAGCGUACCUUCCAGGUGCUCAUGAAGAAGUCAUCGACAUCGUGAAUGCUUUCAUCCUGACGGACAAGAAAGCGCUCCACGUGCGCGCCCUGCGUCCCUUUAAGGACGCUGCCGGGCGGGAUCGUCGUACGGGCGAGGAGUGGCUGGUCACCAUGGCGGAGCGGGAGGCUCACAUCCCGUCGGUGGCGGAGGAGGUGGUGGGCGUGGUCAACGUGACCACACUGAGCAGCCGGCAGUACUGCGUGAUCCUCGACCCGGUCGGCGCCGACGGGAAACCUCAGCUGGGACAGAAGAGGGUGGUGAAGGGCGAGCGCUCGUUUUUCCUGCAGCCUGGCGAGCUCCUUGAACAAGGCAUCCAGGACGUGUACGUGCUGUCGGAGGAGGAGGGGCUAGUGCUGCGAGCCGUGGAGGCGUUCAACGACACCGAGGAGCGCGACGAGGCCGAAGAGGAGGAGGAGGAGGAGCUGAGGCAGGAGAGGGCCAAGCGCUCCCGGAGGAGCGGCGUCCUCCGUCGCCCCGGAGACCGCUGGAUGCUGCGGGGUCCCAUUGAGUACGUCCCCCCCGCCGCCGUGGAGGUGGUGCUGAAGCGACAGGCCAUCCCAUUGGACGAGAACGAGGGCAUCUACGUCAGAGACAUCAAGACGGGAAAGGUGCGAGCGGUCAUCGGUCACACCUACAUGCUGACUCAGGACGAGGAGCUGUGGCAGAAGGAGCUUCCUCCUAAAGUGGAAACCUUGCUGGCUUCUCCUCUGGACCCACUGGCCGACCGCUCGGACAGGACUCAUACCGGACAGGGUCCACCGAGAGACAAGACCAAGGUGGUGUCCUACAGGGUCCCCCACAACGCUGCCGUCCAGGUGUACGACUACAGAGAGAAGAAGGCCAGGGUGGUGUUCGGACCAGAGAUGGUGAUGUUGGGACCUGAUGAGCAGUUCACUGUGCUGUCCCUGUCCGGAGACAAACCCAAGAGGGCCAACGUGAUCAAGGCCAUCUGCCUCCUGCUGGGGCCCGACUUCUUCACCGACAUCAUCACCAUAGAGACAGCCGACCACGCCCGCCUGCAGCUGCAGCUCUCCUACAACUGGCACUUUGACGUGAAGGCUCCAGUGGACCCUGCCGAUGCAGCAGCUCUGUUUUCAGUCCCUGACUUCGUCGGAGAUUCCUGCAAAGCCAUCGCAUCUCGAGUCAGAGGAGCCGUCGCCUCUGUGCAGUUCGACGAUUUCCACAAGAACUCAAACAGGAUCAUCUGCUCGGCGGUGUUCGGGUUCGAUGAGAAGCUGGCGGUUCGUUCCAACCUUCGCUUCAACCAGAACAACCUGAUGAUCAGCAGUGUGGACAUCCAGUCUGUGGAGCCCGUCGACCAGAGGACCCGGGACGCCCUGCAGAAGAGCGUCCAGCUGGCCAUCGAGAUCACCACCAACUCCCAGGAGGCCGCCGCACGGCACGAGGCUGCACGUCUGGAGCAGGAGGCCCGGGGUAAGCUGGAGAGGCAGAAGAUCACGGACCAGGCCGAGGCUGAGAAGGCCCGGAAGGAGCUGCUGGAGCUGGAGGCUCUCAGUGCUGCGGUGGAGAGUACUGGAGCAGCGAAGGCUGAGGCUCAGUCCCGGGCCGAAGCGGCUCGUAUUCAGGGCGAGGCAGCGGUCAAUGAGGCCAAACUGAAAGCUGAAGCUCAGAGGAUCGAGGCGGAGGCGGAGCUGCAGCGGCUGGCUCAGGCUCGUGAGCAGGAGCUGAGCUACAAGAAGCAGAUGGACAGUCUGGAGGUGGAGAAGCAGAAGAAUCUGGCUCACAUCGAGAGCGAGCGCUUCAGCCAGCAGGUGGAGAGUCUGGGCAGCGAGACGCUGAAGGAGAUCGCCAGAGCCGGACCCGAGCUGCAGGUGAAGAUGCUGCAGGCUCUGGGGCUGAAGUCGACCCUCAUCACAGACGGGUCGUCCCCCAUCAACCUCUUCACCACCGCCAACGGCCUGCUGGGGGCGCUGCCGGGCCAGGGCCAGUGAGGAGGAGGAGGGAGAAGAAGAGCGCAAACAGAUUGUCCAAAAGUAAACCUCCACAGAUGCUUUAAUGUUUCUGAUAUGAAAGCAAUAAAAAUGUGCCUUUUGAUUGAAAGAUUCACUCUGCAGAUUUGUUAAAUCUCCUCCAGGCCACCGUACGACUUUUACAACCUGCUUCUGUCCUUUAUUUACUAAAACUCAUUGUCCACCCCAGCAAAGUGUAAAAAAAAACUUCUUCAGCUUUUCAGUGUUUCCAUCCAGGUUUUUAUUUUUUAUUAAUGUGCAAAUUGAAAAUGUGCAUAAAAGGUGACCGUUUGGUUUGUCUUUUUGUUUCGCGAUGAAACAAAGUUUCCACUCUGCAAUCAAAAUACAACAAAGAUUUGAGAGCAAAAUGAUCAACAAUUAAAACAUUUGACAUGCAAGUAAAAUAAAUUUGUGAUUAAAAAUGAAUUAAAGGGAAUAAUUUGUUUCAUUUAGAAAGCUGAAAGUUUUUUUUUUUUUGUUUCUGAAUCCAAAAGUUUUGUUAAAAAUCAAUUUUUUAAAUAAAAAUCCCCAAAUUUUGUUUGUUAAUAAUCCAUAAGUUUUGUUUGGCAAUCCAAAACUUUUAGAGUUAACUGUUGAAUCCAGUAAUUUUGUCAGCUGUUAAAAUGUUUUGAUUCACAUUAAAACAUUUUUGAUCACUAAUGGAUUUUACUUGCAGUGUAAGAUCAUUUUUAAGGUCAGUGUGGAAACGUUUGAUUGCAUCAUGAAGAAACAAAAGUCAGCUCGUACUUUGGGUCAAUUAAAGUCUGACUGUUGAAUGUAUAAACUUUAUAUUUUUAAAGACGAUGAAGAAACUCUGCAGGAGAAAUGAAGGUUCUGACAAAUGUGAAGAUAUCGGUUCAGAGGUUUAAAGUGGGCGAGUUUCUUCUUCUCCUGUGGACACGCGUCUCUGCUCCAGCCUGGCUGGUUUGUGUCCAACACAGAGCUGAGAACCUCAUGAUGAUCAUGUGCCGUCUACAUGUCCAAACAGCUGGAUGAGAUCCAGAGCAGUGUUUGAGACAGAGUCUGUCUGCUGCCUUUAAAGAGUUUUGCAGGACAAGAAAUUAGAGUAAGAGGUUUACUUUUGGACAGAAACCAGCAUGAAGACACGAAACUCUAAAACAAAAGCUGUGCUGCGAACGAAGAAGAAACGUGCCUACAAACAAGUUGACAGUUUGUUUAGUCGUGUAAUCUGACAUUGAAAGCUUCACAGGAGCAGAAUAUUGCAGUGUGUCUGUCUCUCUGUUUAUACAGAAACAUUAAAAAGCUGCUGCUGCUGCCCACAACAUGUCUCUGAGAGGUUUAAUCCAAACUCUACUGUCUGUCUGUCUGUCUCUCUCCUCGCCCCCUUUUCCUCUCCGCUGUAUUUUACUUUCACUUCCUCCUUGUUUUUUGUUCUCUUGUCUACAAUCUACAAUGUCAUUUAGCAGACGCUUUUUUCCAAAGUGACACACAUUUGAGAGAUCAUACAACACAAGCAAGGAUGAAGUCAAGAAACAACACAAGAAUAAGUGGCAUAUAUAACAUUGAGUCCUGUUAGGACGUGUGUGUUUUUGGGACACAAGUGCAGGUUUUUAUUUAUUGUAUUUUUUUUUUUGAGUGUGUGCUUGUGACUCAGUUGUUUCUCCUCUGUGUUAAACUUUUGGUGAGUGACUCUUUUCUCUGUUAAACUCUCAACUGAUCUCAGGUCUGUUUGUGUUCCAGCGUUAAUUAUUAUUAUUAUCAUUAUUAUCAUUAUUAUUAAUAAUAAGUUUAGCUCUGUGCCAACAGCUGUUUAUCAGGAUCACCCACUGCUCUGACAGCAGAGACUCAUAUUUAUGAUGAAACUUCCAAUAACACAAUGUUUAAUGUUCAUUCUUCACUGCAGUACAAUUACCACUACAACCAUGUAAAAGUACUCUGUUGCAAAAGUUAAAUUUGAUUAUUUUUUUACCUGGGCCCUGUAGUAAAUGUUCUGCUGGAGUAAUCUGUGAAACAUCAUGUAGCUGGUAUAAAAACGUGUCUCUGUGAAGUUCAAUCCAAA